UUCGGCUUCUCUAGAAAAGCGCACACUUAGCUGUUUUAGCUCAACAUGCAUACAAGGAUCUGGUUCCUGUCAUAAUGUAGACAUGGUAGAAGGUUGGAUAAAAGAGACACAAAGAAGACAGUUGAACAAGAAAGACACCUCUAAAAAAAGUAAGAAAGUUGACAAGAAAAAUGUCAAAGGUUUGUUUAAGGAAACUCCAAGAAAACAGUUGAGCAAGAAAAACCAAAGAGCAACUCGUUCAAAUAGCCACAAAAAAGCAGACUCACAAGAAAGAACACAGGAUUUACCAAAACAAAAAGAAUUUAACAGACAAGACACAACAGUUGAAGAAUUGCACUCUCUUGAAAAUACCUCACCACAAAUCAAUGAACUAUCAGUCAAUAUUGCAAGAGUGCAAGAUAAUAAGGACACUCUUUUUGAAGUUAUAUUACAAACUUUGAAGAGCUCUACUACAGUAGAUGACAUGAUGAUUAAAGGAACUGAACUCGCAAGUGUAAUACCACAUCUUAGGUGCAACAAAGAUGAAGACAUUUCUAUUUCUGGAAGUGGGUUACAUAUUGACAAGCUCGGGAUGGAACUGUUGCCGGAUGAUGUCAAGGAAGAAGGAUAUUUCCCUGCAAGUGUACUUGGUGAUGGAAAUUGCUUGCCUAGGUCUGCUAGUGUGAUAAUGUAUGGAACAGAAAACAAUCAUACGGAACUACGUGUCAGAAUUGCAUUAGAACUGGCAUGCUAUUUGCCGCUGUAUGUGGACCAUACAUAUUUAAGGAGAGGUGAACAACUAUCUGAUAAAGAAGCGCUUGUUCUCCCAAAGUCUUACGUUAUGUAUUCAGAGCUGUAUACACCUGGAGAUAUAAUUACUUCAUCUUUGAUAGAAAGAACACUAUUUGAAGAGAUUAGGAAAGUAUGCAGUGCAAAUGAAUUCAUGGGAAUUUGGCAGAUUUUUGCACUUGCAUCAGUUUUGGGAAGGCCUCUGCAAUCAGUUUAUCCAAAUCGUGGAAAUCCAAAUGUGAGAAAAGAUCUCAAUCGAUCAAUCUUGCCAAGGGAAAUGGAAAGCAACACACCUGCAUAUAUCCUCUGGUCAUCAAACAUAAAUGAUGAAAUGACAUAUGCUCAUUGGAUUCCAAACCAUUUCUGUCCAAUUUUGAAGAUGUCCAUAAAUGAUGAUGUCCUUGAAUACAGUACUGACACUCUUGGAGAUAUAGACCUGGAAAACAUCAGCGGGUUGUCUGAGCAGCUGGCUUCAUGGGUCAUGGAUUUACUUGAUGACAGUGAUUCAGACGUCAGCAAUAACCAAUAUAAUAUGGAUGAGACCACAGCUGAUCAACACUCCUCAUUGGAUAAACUGACAGAUAACCAGUCCUCGAUGACAGUUAAACCCAUGGAUGUCCAAACUUUUGCUUCAGUUCAACCGGAAGAGGCUCUGAUGUCCAACUUGCAGGACAACAGUGAACAGAGCAACAAUAGUAUUGUUGUGUCUAAGGAUGAGACCACAGCUGAUCAACACUCCUUAUUGGAUAAACUGACAGAUAACCAGUCCUCGAUGACAGUUAAACCCAUGGAUGUCCAACCUUUUGCUUCAGUUCAACCGGAAGAGGCUCUGAUGUCCAACUUGCAGGAUAACAGUGAACAGAGCAACAAUAGUAUUGUUGUGUCUAAGGAUGAGACCACAGCUGAUCAACACUCCUUAUUGGAUAAACUGACAGAUAACCAGUCCUCGAUGACAGUUAAACCCAUGGAUGUCCAAACUUUUGCUUCAGUUCAACCGGAAGAGGCUCUGAUGUCCAACUUGCAGGAUAACAGUGAACAGAGCAACAAUAGUAUUGUUGUGUCUAAGGAUGAGACCACCACUGAUCAACACUCCUUAUUGGAUAAACUGACAGAUAACCAGUCCUUGAUGACAGUUAAACCCAUGGAUGUCCAACCUUUUGCUUCAGUUCAACCGGAAGAGGCUCUGAUGUCCAACUUGCAGGAUAACAGUGAACAGAGCAACAAUAGUAUUGUUGUGUCUAAGGAUGAGACCACCACUGAUCAACACUCCUUAUUGGAUAAACUGACAGAUAACCAGUCCUUGAUGACAGUUAAACCCAUGGAUGUCCAACCUUUUGCUUCAGUUCAACCGGAAGAGGCUCUGAUGUCCAACUUGCAGGAUAACAGUGAACAGAGGGACAAUAGUAUUGUACUGUUCCAAGAGAAGCCCUUAUAUGACCAGCUCUUAGUCUCUGAGCACUACACUAAAAGAUAUAAUGAGCAACAGAGGUUGAUGUGUGGCCCUAUGUUUACUUCUAUACCCACAAGAAGGAGGACUUGUGGAUAAGUGCAUCGAUACGCCAUUCCAUAAUAUCAUCAGAGGUGGUCAAACCAAUAGACCCGCCAGAUGUCUGUUUGAUUGGAACUAGACGAUUUAUGUACAAAUUCAAAGAUCUUUGAACUUCAGGAAUCUGUGCCAGAGAGUGUUCCAAGUUUUAUGUCAAAUAAAAUAUUUGGUUAACGUU